AGCUGACAACUCACAGAUGACAAAAUGGGACAUGUGCGACGCCUUUAGAUGUUUCUAAAGAGAAUUUUCAUUUAGAGCAAGAAUGAUAUAUGUUGUUGUGGGUGUAUGUGGCUGUGGCAAAACAACUGUGGGAACAGCUCUAGCAGAGAAGCUUGGACUGCCAUUUAGAGAUGCUGACGAGUUUCAUUCCAAAGAAAAUAAAGAGAAAAUGUCUCAUGGAAUUCCUCUGACUGAUCAGGACAGACUCCCAUGGUUAUUAGCAAUACACAAGUACAUGAAGGGACUCUCAAAAGAGGGGAAAUCUGGUGUUGUCACCUGCUCAGCGCUGAAGAAAGUAUAUAGAGAUAUCUUGGUAAAUGGUUCUUCAUCUGAAGAUGAGAUUUCUGACAUUUUGUUUGUCCUUUUACAUGGUGACAGGGCGGUGAUUCAGGACAGACUAAACAGUCGCAUCGGUCAUUUCAUGCCUUCCUCUUUACUAGACUCUCAGUUAGCUACUCUAGAAAUUCCAACUACAGAGGAAAAAUGUGUUCAAGUGGACAUUAAAGUAUCUCCAGCUGAAGUUGUGGAUCAAAUUAUUGAGAAAACAAACACAAAUUUCAUGAAUUGAUAUGGUACAUCACUCAUACUGUGGAUUCUACAGGAUGAUCAGUAAAUUUCUGUUUGUAGGCAUCAUUGUAUUUAAUAGAAUCAAUUUUGAUUCAUAUUACAGUAAACUAGUAAAGUAUAAAUUAAAUGACUGCCGUCAUGAGAAAAGGGCCCUUAAGGUCAAAAUUUCACAAAUUGACUUUUUGGUAAAUUUUGAUAGCCUGACUCUUUCUGAAUGCAAAUAUACACAAUUUUUAAAAAUAUCUAACUUUUUCAGUAUAUUAUGAGCAGUUUAGUAAGGCCGCUUUAAAACAACGUUGAUGUUAUGCACUGAAAACGUAAUGACGUCGCAUGCUUCAAAUUCAGUUUCCAAGCAUUCUUUAAAAACUACAUUUUUAGGUCACCUGAGUCACUCAGGUGACCUAUUGCUAUCCUUUUUUGUCCGUCGUCGUCCGUCGUGCGUUAACAUUUAAACAUUUUCAGCUCCUUCUCUGAAACUACUCAACCAAUUUCAACCAAUUUUGGCAUAUAGCAUCUAUGGGUGAAGGGGGACAAAAAUUGUGAAUUUCAUGGUCCCUGCCCCCCUGGGGCCUGAGGGGUGGGGCUAAAACCACCAAAAUUAAUGCAAUCUUCAAAAAUCUUCUUCUUUACUCCUGGACAUCAAGCAGUCAAACUGUUGGCAUGAUUGUAAUAAGCAUUGAGCCCUCUACCAAAAUUGUGAAAUUCAUAGCCCCAGGGUCAGGGGUUCUGGUGCUAGGGUGGGGCUAUAUAGAUCAUAUAGUAAAAGUGCAUUAUUUCUUUGAAAAUCUUCUUCUCGCUCCUGGGUAUUAGAUAAACCAACUAAGUACAUAGUUAUGUCAAGCAAGACUGCCUCGUCCAAAAUUGUGAAUUUCAUGGCCCCUGGGUCAGGGGUUCUGGUGUUAGGGUGGGGCUCUAGUGAUUAUAUAGUUAAAAUGCAUUAAAUCUUUGAAAAUCAUCUUCUGUGCGCAUGGGUAUUAAAUAAACUAAAUAAGUACAUAGUUAUAAUGAGCAUGGCUGCCUCUGCCAAAAUUAUGAAUUUCAUGGCCCCUGGGUAAGGGGUUCAGGUGUUAGGGUGGGGCCCUAUUGAUUAUAUAGUGAAAAUGCAUUAUUUCUUUGAAAAUCUUCUUCUCUGCUCCUGGGUAUUAAAUAAACUAACUAAGUACAUAGUUAUGAUGAGCAUGGCUGCCUCUGCCAAAAUUGUGAAUUUCAUGGCCCCUGGGUCAGGGGUUCUGGUGUUAGGGUGGGGCUCUAUUGAUUAUAUAGUGAAAAUGCAUCAAAUCUUUGAAAAUCUUCUUCUGUGCUCCUGGGUAUUAAAUAAACUAAAUAAGCACAUAGUUAUGAUGAGCAUGGCUGCCUUUUCCAAAAUUGUGAAAUUCAUGUCCCCAGG